AUGAAAGGCUUUGGUCUCGCCUUUGGACUGUUCUCCGCUGUGGGUUUUCUCCUCUGGACGCCUUUAACUGGGCUCAAGACCCUCCAUUUGGGAAGCUGUGUGAUCGCUGCAAACCUACAGGCGAUACAAAAGGAAUUUUCAGAGAUUCGGGAUAGUGUGCAAGCUGAAGAUGAAAAUAUUGACAUCAGAAUUCUAAGGACGACCGAGUCUUUGAGAGACACAAAGCCUUUGGAUAGGUGCUGCUUCCUCCGCCAUCUAGUGAGAUUCUAUCUGGACAGGGUAUUCAAAGUCUACCAGACUGCUGACCGCCAUACCUUGCGAAAGAUCAGCAGCCUCGCCAACUCCUUUCUUAUCAUCAAGAGGGACCUCUCAGUCUGUCGUUCUCGCAUGGCCUGUCAUUGUGGGGAAGAAGCAAUGGAGAAAUACAACCAAAUUCUGAGUCACUUCACAGAGUUGGAGCUUCAAGCAGCGGUGGUAAAGGCUUUGGGGGAACUAGGCAUUCUUCUGAGAUGGAUGGAGGAGAUGCUAUAG